UAAACAGACCAUCCGGACAGCUUUGCACUUAUCUCCAUCGCAGUUCGCAACAGUUCAACACACUUACACAACCACACGUAUCACCUCUAGAUCGAUCACAUUUCGUAGUCCGUACCACGUCCGACGAUAUGGAGUACCAGGGGCAGCACGGCCACGCCACCGACAAGGUGGAGGAGUACGGCCAGCCCGUGGCCGGGUACGGCGGCGCCACCGGCGGCCCCACGGGGACGCACGGCGCUGCCGGAGCCGGAGGCGCGCAGCUCCAGGCGACGCGGGACGAGCACAAGACCGACGGCGUUCUGCGCCGCUCCGGCAGCUCCAGCUCCAGCAGCUCGUCUGAGGACGACGGCGUGGGCGGGAGGAGGAAGAAGGGGAUGAAGGAGAAGAUCAAGGAGAAGCUCCCCGGCGGAGCCCACAAGGACGCCACCGCCGGGCAGCAGCACACGGCGGUGGCGGGCGAGUACGCGGGCACGCACGGCACCGAGGCCACCGGCGAGAAGAAGGGCGUCAUGGACAAGAUCAAGGAGAAGCUUCCCGGCGGACAACACUGAGCCAGCUAUGCAUGCGUGUCUCUAUGUUCCGUCAAAGCUCGGCUAGCAUUUGCAGCCAUGCUUUACUACGAAUAAUAAAUAAUAAGUACAAUGGACUCCGAUGUACGUUGUGUGUACGACCGCGUCCGUGUGACGCAUUUGUGUAUUCGUAUACGGUAUGAUGUGUGUACAUACAUCGUAAUAGAAAAACGUUUGUGUAUGUUGUGUUUUUGUGGUAAGCUAUGUACGUAUUGGAGUAUAAAGUACUUUGGCACUGGCA